AUGGCAAAGCAAGACACUCCGGGCGCAUCAGGGAGCAAGGGGAAGGGGAAGCUUGAGGAUCUCAUGGAGGAGCUAGCCCUAAACGAGGAUGACCUAGAUGAUGUUGUCUUCGAGGAGGAAGAUGUGCCACCGGAGGAGGAUCUCAGGUGGAUGAUUUUGGCUCGUGUUCACAUCGACAAAACCUUCAGCACCUACUGGUUCUUCCGCAACAUGAGGUCAGCCUGGGAUCUCGCGAGACGAGCGAAGAUCAAAACCCUAGAGGAUAAUCUGUUCAUCAUGCAGUUUGAGUGCCUAGGGGAUUGGGAACGAGUGACUCUUGGGGGCACAUGGCACUUCCGGGGGAACCCUGUGAUCAUUGAACCUUAUGAUGGUUACUCAAAACCCACGUCGAUCGAGCUCUUCAAGUUUGAAAUUUGGGCGAGGAUUCUUGACCUCCCCAUUGCCUAUCCUGGAAAGGUUAAUGCGUUGGCGGCAAAGAUCGGUGAGUUUGUGGAGUCAGAACCAGCAUCUUUUGAUUUUGAAGGGAACUUUUAUAGAGUGAGAAUCCGCCUGGAUGUGCGUAAGCAGCUAAAGAAAGCAAUAUCGAUCAUCCGAGGUGGCCAGAGGGAGAUCUUCGCGGUAAGGUAUGAGCGGCUUCCGGAUUGGUGUCAGGUUUGUGGUAUGAUGGGCCACGAAUUCAAGGAACAUGGCGAUGGUGUGCACCCUCCCUCGGCCCUGGUUUUCAAGAACUUGCGAGCUCCUGCUACUACGGCGUGGGGCUCAAAACGCCGCAACAAGGGGCAAAAACCUUGGGGCAAUGAGUGA